UUCAUUGGGGGUGUGUCUGUGGACCAGACUCGUUUCGGAGAAUUCCACUGCUUAUCAGUGACCCUGGACGGAUUAAAUUGUGGCCGAAUGCUACAAGUUCCUCAAAUACCUAUAGAAUGAUAGGUUUCUUCUUUUUUGUAGAAUUUCUAUGGAAACAUGUUAAGACCUCAAAGGACUGAAGAAUAUGAUCUAAGUCAAGCUAUUUUAAAGGAAUUAGAAAAUUCUCCAAACCAUGAGAAGAAAACUUUAGAUAUAGCCAAAUGUUUGGGCUUCAGAACAAAAAAAGAUGUUAACCGUACAUUAUAUCAGCUAGAAAAGCAAGGUAAAAUUAUCAAGACUGUUGAGAGUCCUCCAGUGUGGAAACUACUUAAGAAUGACCAGGUUUCCGAAGUGCCUACCAGGAAACAGUUUACAGUCCCUUUGCCACCACACGAACUUCUUAAAGUAGACUCAGCAUUUCAACAGUUAAUAGUUUCGAGCAACUCUUCUGAAGUUAAACAAUCUAAUGAGGAUAAAAAUUUUCACAGUCUUUGCCAAACAACAAAGUUACAAAACAUAUUAGUUCCUCUCCAGUAGGAAGAGGAAGAGGUAUAUUAUGCUGGACAAACAUUUCACAACCAAAUGUAAAACCACCAGAGAAAACUACCUAUGGUGACCCCAGGAGUUUGGUGGGAAAAUUGCAGGUGGAAAAACCAUAUCCUUCCUCUGUUAGUUGUAAAGUUGAUCAGGUGUCAAGUGAUCCAGCUGUAAUGUUGAACAGUGCCAGUUUUAGUGUCUUGGUAAAAAAUCCUAUCAGUGCUUUCCAUGAGUAUGGACAGGGAAAAAAAGUUGAAGCUAAAGUUGAUAUAAUUCUGUCUGAGGGACCACAUCAUAAUCCCAGAUUCCAAGCAGCAGCAAUAUUAGACAACGUGAUCAUAGCAGUAGCUUGGGACAAAACAAAAAAGGAUGCUAGAACUCGUGCUGCCGAGUUAGCCAUGCGUAGCUUGGUAGCAAACCAAAACAAAUCAGCAGAGGUACAAGAUUUAUCAGCUCUUUCAGAAAAUAGUUCCCUUUUUGAUGUUGUUGCGUCUUUAAGUCAUCAUAUCUUCAAUAUUGAAGUUCUGAAGGUUCCUGAGUAUCUUGGUGGAAGGAAAAUUUUGGCUGCCCUAGUGAUGAAAACAGGACAAGAGAGACAUGGAAAAGUUCUUUGUUUAGGAACUGGUAACAGAUGCAUAUCUGGAGAGCACAUUAGACAAGACGGUACAGUCCUAAAUGAUUCUCAUGCUGAAGUAAUCACCAGAAGAAGUUUCUUGAGGUUUCUCUACCAACAACUGAUGGAUUACUAUUCAGGAAAACAAGACACCAUUAUUGAACCUGCUGCAUUUGAUGAGAAACUCCAAAUAAAACCAAACAUUACUUUUCAUUUGUAUGUUUCUACAGCUCCUUGUGGUGAUGCAGCUAUCUUUGCUCAUAACUCAACAUCUGAUGAUGAAGCAACAGCAAAUCCUUCAGCAAGUGGCCAUAACCCUUUGUUUGCUAAUAAUGUUCAAGGAUUAUUAAGAACAAAAAUGGAAGCAGGAGAAGGAACAAUACCAGUUGAAGAUUCUUGUGCAGUCCAGGCUUGGGAUGCUGUCAAACAAGGAAAUAGGUUGAGAACCAUGUCCUGUAGUGAUAAGAUUGCUGCUUGGAAUGUCCUUGGAAUCCAGGGGGCCCUUUUGAGUCAUUUCAUUCAUCCAGUUUAUCUCAAUUCUAUCACAUUAGGUGCACUGUAUCAUCAUGGCCAUCUUUCUAGAGCUGUGUGCUGCCGUCUGGAAGGAAAGACUGAGUUUGGGCACUUUUUACCAGCUGGCUACACACUAAACCACCCACAGCUAGGACGUGUAUCCAUUUAUAAAGCUCCUCGUGAAACUGAGAAAACAAAACCUUUUGGAAUCAACUGGUGUUGUGGAGAUAGCAAACCAGAAGUUACUAAUGCAUUAACAGGAAUGUGUAAUGACAAGGCUGAAAGUUACCAACAAUCAAGACUGUGUAAAGCCAGUUUGUUUGAAUGUUUCAAAAAAUUGUGUAACUUGAGUAAGAGGGAGGAGCUUCUAAAGCAGAGCUAUCGAACUAGCAAACUAAAUGCAUAUGACUACCAGCAGGCUAAACAGAGGCUCUAUGCAAGGUUUGAAGAGUUGGGAAGGGGUACCUGGCUGAAGAAACCCCUGGAAGAAGAAGAGUUCUUCUGAAAAAUUGCAAAAGGAGCAUUGCUUUGUAUUUCAUGAAGAAAAGUGAAUUUAGAAUCAAACAAUAGAAACUUCAAUUAGAAAAGUAGUUAAGAAUUGAUAUUAGUAUAGUUUGCAUUGACUUAACUCACAGUGGUUAAUAACAGAAUACACGAUAUAGUUAAUGUUAACUAUUUGUAUAAUUCUAGUCGAAUAUUAAUACUGAAAAUAUAUUAUAGACAAUAUUUAAUUGAUACUUAUUAAUUAAACUUCAACAUUUUAAACCAAUUUUCUUGAAAGGAGAAUUCAAAUUUUUUUUUAUAAUCUUUAAAAAAAUAUUGAUGUUACGAAAAAUGAAACUGUACAUUCAUUGUUUUCAAUAUGUUUUAUAUGUGGAUAUCAGUGUAUAUAUAUAUAUAGUUGGACCUUAUCUGUCUUAACACUUUCGAGUACAUGCUGAAGGAUUUAAAAUAAUGUAAAAACUUACUUAAACAGUUUUACAAUAUUAGUCAAAUAACAAAUGUUUAUUUUUACAAGGACUGAACUUUUUUAAUUAUUAAGAGUUAGAAUAUAGAUCAAAAAGAUUGGUUUUUGAAGAAAUAAAAUCUUUACUAAAACAUUUUUUUUAUAGUGAAUGAAAAAUAAGACUUUAAACAUAGGUAGGUAGGCUGUAUGUUGCUAAGGGUGGAACAGUGGUUGAACAAUUUCUAAUAUGAGCAAGAAUAAUUUUUUUAUUAAAUUGCUGCAAAUAUGUAAAACGUUUGGAUUUUGAAUUCCUUUUUGUUUAUUUGUUUUUAACCUUCAAAAAAUAGUUAGUUUAUUGAUUCCAUUUGGGAUAGAAAUACAGUGAUAAAAGUACGUGGUUUUUGAAUGUUUGUUCUGUUUAGAACAGUAAACAUGUAAUUGUGCAUAUUUUUUCCAUAUCUUUAAUGCUUUGUUUCAUGUAAGAUAUGUUGAUGUCAAUCAUUUUCCCUAAAUUGAUAAGCUACAAACAAGCUUGUCUUGGUGUUUGCAAGAAAAGGCCAAAACAUCAAAAAAACAGUUGUAGAUAUUUUUAUAGUGCUUUUUGUUGUUGUUGAGAUAUAAGAAUAAUUUAGAACUGGAUGUUUCUGUAGCGUUUUAUUGUAUUUUUUGUUUAAUACAAGUUAGAUAGCCAUUUUGUAUUCAGAUUCUUUUUUCAUUUUUCAGUAAAUGUUAUUUACCACCUACUUUUGUUUGUCUUUGAAACAAAAAGUAUAAAAAAUGAGAACUGUUGAACUGAAUUUCUGUCAAACAUGUUUUAGUGGAAAUGAAUGAAUGAUAAUACAACAAAUUACAAAAGCAUGAAGUACUGUAAUUUUGGAUACUAUGAAUGUGUAAUCAUUUUCAAACCAACAUUCUGUAAGUCUGUUGGGUUUUGUUAUGUCCAGGUUUGACAGAUUGUCUUUCAUGAUUGGUUGUUUUCUUUUAUACAUUUAAGUUGUUACAAAGGUAAGAGAGAUUAUUACUUGCUCUGAUUGAGUGAAGAAAACUAAUAUUGUAGUUUAUUUUUAAAAUAAAUACCUUCUUAACAUUUCAUGUAAGAGAACUUUUAGUCACUCAAGUUAAAUUAGUCAGUGGUAUUUUUUUGAGUUUGUUAUUAUUAUUAUAGCUAUGAAACUACAGUGAUUUUUGUAAUGUUUGUAUGUUACAUUGAAACUUUGACGUGAUUUUAAAAAUACGUGAUUACGAAGUUUGUUUCACAACUAUUUUGAAAGAACCAAAUAUGAGAUUUAUCAGUUUUAAUUCUUGUAUUUUAGGUGAAGUUAUAAAGCAGAUCAGUUUGGAUCUUAACUUUCAUA